AUGCUCUUUACGCCGAUCUCAGAGGAGGACGUUGAAAUAAAGGAAUUUCUCGGCAGCGGAGAUGAUGCAGAAUUCUCAUGGGAAAGAUAUGCAAAACUUCAUAUGUGGGAACAGGGCAAUUGGGCACCGUGCCCAGAAUGCCAGCGACGUUGGGCCUGCCGGAAAGAGGAGUUGCAAGAAAGCAUGGGACUAUUGAACGAGAGCGCGAAAGUAAAAGAAACUGGGUACCGGGCCAGAAAACCAAAGGGCCUAGAGGUGGUUAUUUAUGACGCGGAAAACUAUCUCCACCGUCGUUCGAAGGCAGUACGAGGCUCUGUGGAGGAGGAUAAGGGUACAAAGGGGUCUCUGGAAGCGGCCGAGUUUGGAUGGUUUGUUGGCCACUUGUGUCUCGUGCUCGCCGUCUUUCGCUAUCUUCUUUCCGUCUUAACGUUCAAUUCGGGUUCUGGCAUGGCUCAAGCGUCGUACCGAUUCGCUUUCAUUGCGGCCGCCGCUACUUACGGAAUCGUGGUGUAUAAGGCGCACGUUACUCGCGGCGACCUAAAGGGUAGCGUGCCGGCAAUAGUGAUGAAGCUGGGUGCCGAUGAGAAUGUCCAAUAUUUACUCAUUGCUCUUGUUUGGCUGUAUGCGCGUCAAAUCACUAUCGCUGUUUUCCCAUUUGCAAUCUACUCGUUCUUCCAUGUCGCCACUUUCACUCGCAGCCAUGUGAUUCCAACGAUUCAACCACCAAAAGAGGCGGACGCAGCAGCUUCCUCAUCAUCUGCACCGCCGACACCAAAGCCAUCACCGCUGUCAGAGGCCAUUGGUCGCUUUAUCAAGCAAUAUUAUGACGCAAGCAUGGGGCUGGUGGCUUCACUUGAGCUGGCUCUGCUCCUUCGACUUGUCGGAACUGCCCUUACGUUCUCAAGCGGUAGCUGGAUUCUUCUUGUGGUGUACUUCUUUUUCUUCCGGGCUAGAUAUGCUGGAAGCAGAUACGUUCGCGGGACUGUCGCUCAACUCAAUGAAAGAAUCGAAGUGUCCAUCUCGCACCAGAAUACGCCGCCUGUCGUGAGACAAGGAUGGCAGGUGCUAAAGGACUCCAUCCAGCGGGGAUAUGAGCUUACUGAUGUGCGCCGCUAUGUCGGAGGAGAACCCGCGGCUGGAGGUAAGAAGCCACAGUAA